UAACAUUAGUGUGUAGGUGCAAACAUACCUACUUACAUACGUGCUUAUCAGCAAAGCUCUCCCUUCUAAGCUUUUAAGCCGCAAAAUUGGCGCUUAGCAUUAAAAUACGAUCAAUAGAGCAAUCAGUCGUAGUCGAGUAGCCAGUGGUAUCAAGUGUCUACUAUACGCCUAAGGGGCUAAUGACCUGAAACCAAUAGAAACAAAGUUAAAAAUAAAUUAAAACAAAUAGGAAUAUAUUUUUAAUAUGUUUUCUAGUCAAAGCUGUCAAAAGUAAGCUGGGGUGCUGAUAAUAUUAUAAAUGUACUUAUGUACAUAUUAAACUAAAUCUCGAAUAAGUACAGUACGAAUACGUCACCGCGAUUUGUUAUGCUUUGGCUUGCAUUGAAAUACCUGCUCGGUUACGCGCUAAUCAGCUUUGAUGUAAUAAUCAAUAAUCAUCUAGUGGCUGCUGAUGCCACAGUGAAGCAAGAUGGCGAGAAACCGCAUAUAAUUUUCAUACUAGCUGAUGAUUUGGGCUUCGAUGACAUUAGCUUUCACGGCUCGCAGGAAUUUCUCACACCCAAUAUCGAUGCGCUCGGAUAUCAUG